AUGGUCAAGAAUGGUCAAUCCUUUGUGGUCGACUAUGCUUCGGCGACCUCUGAAGUGCUCAUGCGAGCAGUUGUAUUCACGCAGAGGCAAUCCGACAAUGUGUUUUGCUGGUUCGACGUGUUCGAGACUUUUGCCACGUACCUUGGAUUGGGGCAUGUGCCACUCGCGCCACUGGUUACGGAGAGCGCGGAGAAUGAGAACCCGAAGUUUCAUAUAACUCUGACCAGGCCAGAGACUCUUCAUGAGGGUUCUGCCUCUUUCUGGACGAAUGCGACCUCCACGACGUCUGCUACGGUCCGGCGCGAAUCUACUGACCCUCCAAUCGAAUGGAUGAGCUUCGGAUUGCGGCAAGGCCGAACAAGGGUGAGCUUCUAUGUAAGCCAUAGUGGUGUCUGGACCGCAGCCUCUGAAGGGAGCACGCGUAGCAGAUCUGAAACGACCCGUCUAGAACGCUUCAGUGAGGUCGUAACAUUUGAGCAAGUGCGCAUGCAGCAGACAUUAUUACAGUCGUAUGAGGAGGAUACCGAGCAUCAAGAAAGUACCCCUGGAUUGGAAGGUCCGAUCGACGCGGAGGUCAAAGCCAUGGAACGAGAUGACUGGAAGGCACCGUGCUCCUACCUAGCGAUGGUCGAAAUUCACGACUAUCGCAUCUGGUUGCGACAGCGUCGGUGA